GAGCGCGCGCGUUCCUUCAGUGUAUGAUUUGUUUCAGAGCAGUUGUUAUCGUGAGCUCUUUUGGUCAACUCUCUAUUUUUUGUUUGCUUAUUUGUUUUUGAGAGAUUGGUUCUUCUUUUGGUCCUUGAACAAAUGGACUGUGUGGAUUUUCCUAAAGUUUUUCAAAAUUCCCCGAGGACAGCCGAGGGGCAAAUCCAGGUUAUAUUUGGGCCGAUGUUUUCAGGCAAAAGCACUGAAUUGAUGCGAAGGGUGCGUCGUUUCCAAAUAGCCCAGUACUGCUGUUUGGUGAUCAAAUACGCCAAAGAUACACGCUACUCCGACAUAGGCAUGGCCACACAUGAUCAGAGCACAAUGAAGGCUGUACCCGCAAAAUGUCUGAGAGAUGUGCGGUCAUUAGCACUGCAAGCCUGUGUCAUUGGAAUUGAUGAAGGGCAGUUUUUUCCAGACACUGUGGAGUUUUGUGAGGAGAUGGCCAAUUUGGGCAAGACUCUUAUUGUCGCUGCCUUGGAUGGGACCUUCCAGAGAAAGCCCUUCGGAAACAUUCUGAGUCUUGUCCCUCUUGCGGAAAGCGUGGUGAAGCUUCACGCAGUUUGCAUGCAGUGUUACAAAGAAGCGGCCUAUACAAAGAGGAUUGGAGCGGAGAAGGAGGUGGAAGUGAUCGGCGGAGCUGACAAAUAUCAAGCAGUUUGUCGAAAGUGUUACGGAGCGCUGAUAGCGACCAAAGAAAACCAACCUCCCCUCAGGGAUCAAACUCCUCAACAUGCACUGAAUGGAAAACUUGUGGACUCUGGAAUUCCCAGGAAACAUUUCUCUUCCCUCCACCUCUGAACACACACAAACAGUUGCUCAAGUAUGGAGGUCCAGAAUUGAGCUGUUGUGUGUAAAGCAAAGUCUCAUUGCUUUACACACAAUUCCAAUAUAACUAAUGAACUCCCACUCUCCUAAAUUCUGACAUGUCCAAUGGUGGGUGCAGCUAUGUUUGCUAGAAUGUGUAAAAUGGCAAAUCAGCGUUUUCAUAAUUAUUAAGGUUUUAUUUCUCCGUCAGAUGUAAUCCCAACACAUAAUGAGAUUUAACUCCAGGCAAACCCAAAUAGGGAGGUUGCAAAAAGAAUAAUGAAUUAGCAAGAGGCACAAAUCGAAGUAUGUGCAUAUGUACUUAAGGGGUUUCUGUAUAAAUAAUGUCCAUUAAACCACCAAAAAGGCAGAGUUGUUUGGAACAAAAACAUAACUUUGGAAGCUUAAACUAAACAGACAUUUUAACAAAAGUAACCUGCAAGCUAAACUUUUUUUUUUUUUUUUUUUAAUAAAAACAAA